ACUGCUGCCCCGUCCCCCCUAAAAAUUUUUGAAAAAAAAACGCUCCCAGUGUGGGCGAUCCUCCAACGAGCGAACCCGGCAGGGAGGGAAGGGGAAAAAAACCAAAGGGAAACGUUCGAAAACACCCACACGAACAACAAACCCUCAACAAACAACAAUCAACACAUCAAUUGUUAGACAAUAAUGUUCAGAUCCACUGCUCUUAGAACUGUUGCUCGCGCUCAAGCUGUUGCCAGAAGAAGCUAUGCUGACGUUGCCACCUCUGACGUUUUGAAGCUCUCUUUGGCUCUUCCACAUGAGACCAUCUUUUCAUCCGAGACCGUCACACAGGUGAACGUUCCAGGUGUCUCUGGUGAGUUUGGUAUCUUGGCCAACCACGUUCCAAUCAUCGAGCAAUUGAAGCCAGGUGUUGUCCAGAUCACCGAGUCCUCCGGCUCCAUCAAGGAGUACUUUGUCGCUGGUGGCUUUGCUACCGUUCAGCCAGGCUCCACCUUGUCCAUCACCACUGUUGAGGCAUUCGAGGCCUCUGCCUUCUCCGCUGAGGCCAUCAAGACCCAAUUGGCCGAGGCCCAGAAGAACGUUAACUCAUCUGAUGAGGCCGUUGCUGCUGAGGCUUCCAUCCAAGUUGAGGUCCUCGAGGCCUUGCAAGCUAUUGCUAAAUAGAUGAAUUGCACUUGAUGCUGAAAGUUGAGUCCAUUUAUAUCUACAGUAGUGAACAAGGAGGAGAGACGGAAAGACACAUAAAACAAAAGGCACAUAAAAGAGAAUGAAAGAAGAGAGAGGUACGAUUAUGAAUGAAUAAUAGGGGAAUCCUGCCCUUUUUUCUUUUAGAGGAGGC